CUUACCGCCUGCCGUGCUGAAUGCUAACGCGGAUGCUCCAUUCACCCGAGCGAGAAGAAGAGGAGGAGGAGGACGCAAAAAAUAAGGCUGGAGAGAAAACAAACAGCAAACCCUCUGACAUGAAGUGUGGGCUGCAGCCGCACCGCCGCCUCUUCUUCACGCUCCACAUCUGAUUACACACUCCUGCCUCAGUAUCCACUGGACCCAUCACCGGGUCGUCUCCGUUCAUCUGGAGGUGGACACAACUGGGAAUAUGACCGUGGACCUUCAUCUCCUCCCUCGGAUCUGCAGCAGCGUGUGAGGCGCCGCCCGUGUGUUGCUGUCUGGGGGGGAUGCUCACCGAGGCCUGAGCACCAUGAUGAGUGGCCAGGAUGCCUGGGUCACGCUGACCCCUGCCGAAUUUGCCCUCCUGCAGGAGUACGCUCAAUAUUCAACCAAGAAGCUGAAAGACGUGCUGCAGGAGUUCCAUGGCGAUGGCGUGCUGGCGAAGUACAAUCCUGAAGAGAAACAGGAAAUCCUCAGCCAGGAGAUUGACUUUGAGGGAUUCAAGGUCUUCAUGCAGACCUUCCUGGAGAGCCAACUUCCUGAAGACUUCUGUCAACACCUCUUCAUGUCCUUCAGCAACAAGGACCCCAAAGCCAGCCCGUCGUCCUCGGACAAGCCCAGAGUUGCUGGGCUCAAGCUGAUGAAAAGCAACUCCACCCCUCUGAAGAUAAGCGCCCUCCCCAGUCCAGAGAGCACAGUGCAGCUCAAAGACAUCGUGUGCUACCUGUCCCUCCUGGAAGGAGGACGGCCCGAGGACAAGCUGGAGUUCAUGUUUCGCCUCUAUGACACUGAUGGGAACGGCUCUUUGGACAGCUCGGAGCUGGAGCACAUCAUAUCCCAAAUGAUGCACGUGGCCGAGUACCUGGAAUGGGACGUGACCGAGCUCAAACCCAUCCUGCAGGAAAUGAUGCAGGAAAUCGACUACGACCACGACGGCACGGUCUCUCUGGAGGAGUGGAUACAAGGCGGCAUGACCACCAUCCCACUGCUGGUUCUGUUGGGUCUGGAGACGAAUGUGAAAGAUGACGGGCAGCACGUGUGGAGACUCAAGCACUUCAACAAGCCAGCCUACUGCAACCUUUGUCUCAACAUGCUCAUCGGCCUCGGCAAGCAGGGACUCUGCUGCUCUUUCUGCAAGUACACGGUCCACGAGCGCUGCGUGGCCCGCGCGCCGCCAUCCUGCAUCAAAACCUACGUCAAGUCCAAGAAAAACACAGAGGUAAUGCACCAUUUCUGGGUGGAAGGCAACUGUCCCACUAAGUGUGACAAGUGUCACAAAACCAUUAAGUGUUACCAGGGCCUGACUGGCCUCCACUGCGUGUGGUGUCAAAUCACGCUCCAUAACAAGUGUGCCUCCCACGUGAAGCCCGAGUGUGACUGCGGACCUCUGAGGGAUCACAUCCUGCCCCCCAACUCCAUCUGCCCCAUCGUGCUGGAACGACAGUCAACGCUGAGGAAGGACUCGCGGUGCAGCCAGUCGAGCCGGGGGAAGGUCCAGAGAGCCAACUCUGUCACGGUGGAUGGCCAGGGCCUGCAGAUCACAACAAUAGAGGGCACUCAUCCUCUGCUGGUGUUUGUCAAUCCGAAGAGCGGCGGGAAGCAGGGAGAGAGGAUCUACAGGAAGUUCCAGUACCUCCUGAACCCGAGGCAAGUGUACAACCUGGCCAAGAAUGGACCCAUGCCGGGGUUGAAUUUCUUCCGAGACGUUCCUGAUUUCCGGGUGCUGGCGUGCGGCGGGGACGGCACGGUGGGCUGGAUCCUGGACUUUAUUGACAAGGCCAACCUGGACCGCGACCCCCCCGUGUGUGUGCUCCCCCUUGGAACAGGAAAUGACCUGGCACGAUGUCUGCGCUGGGGAGGAGGCUACGAGGGCGAGAGCCUGCUCAAGAUCCUGCGGGACAUCGAGAACAGCAGCGAGGUGAUGCUGGACCGCUGGAAGAUCGACGUGACGUCCACGGACAAGGACGAGCGUGGCGACCCGGUGCCGUACAGCAUCGUCAACAACUACUUCUCCAUCGGCGUGGAUGCCUCCAUCGCGCAUCGUUUCCACGUCAUGAGGGAGAAGCACCCGGAGAAAUUUAACAGCAGAACAAAGAAUAAGCUGUGGUACUUUGAGUUCGGCACUUCAGAGACCUUUUCGGCCACGUGUAAGAAGCUCCACGACUUUGUGGAGGUGGAGUGUGACGGCGUUACUCUGGACCUGAGCAGCAUUUCCCUGGAGGGCAUCGCCAUCCUCAACAUUCCCAGCAUGCACGGUGGCUCCAACCUUUGGGGCGAGAGCAGGAGGAGGCGGGGCCACCGCAAGGCUGGAAAGAAAGGGCAGGACAAGAGGAUGCCGUUGACUGACCCGAAGGAGCUCAUGUUUGCAGUUCAAGAUCUGUCAGACCAGCUGUUGGAGGUUGUCGGGCUGGAGGGCGCCAUGGAGAUGGGUCAGAUCUACACGGGCUUGAAGAGCGCCGGAAGACGCCUCGCACAGUGCUCCUCUGUGACCAUCAGGACCAGCAAGUCGCUACCCAUGCAGAUUGACGGGGAACCUUGGAUGCAGACGCCAUGCACUAUCGAGAUUGUGCACAAGAACCAGGCUCGCAUGCUGAUGGGUCCUCAGCAGAGCCGGAGCUUCUUCUCCUCCCUGGUUAGAAGACGGCGAGCCGAGAGCAAAGACUGAUGGGUUGGAGUUGGCGGGCCUCAGAGUCCACGUAAGGAACCACGGAGCAGACCACACGGGCCACCCUGACUUUGCCCGCUUGAAGACGUGGACAAGCGAGGAGCGUCUUUGCCUGCUUGGUAGCUGAGAGUACGGUUAGGCAAACUGUAGGUUGUGUUUGUGUGUUGCUUCAGCCUGAAGACCAACUUUGACCCGCCAGCCAGGUGGGUUCCGGACCGGUGCAUAGUUUUUUUUAACACUGACUUGUUGGGAGUCCACUUGACUUGAAAAUGAAAGUGCUUUUUUUUUUUUUCUUCUUCUUCUUGUUGUGAACGGUGCCAUGUUGCCAACAGAGGAAUGUGUUUUGUCAUGAGCUUUCUACACAUCUUUUUAUUUAUUUCUACUUUCUACUUGGCUGCUGUCAUCUGCGAUUUAAACCUUUUUGCAGCAUUUGGUCACUUUGCCUUCCUCCUGCCAGUUGGUAUUGAUUGUUCAUCAAAAAUGCAUGCACGCCACUUCAUUUACAGCCAGUGCAUACUUUCUAUUGCAUGAGUGACACUUUUGGACACAUACCCCUCAGUUUAAACACAUCAUAUUGCAUCUACGGAGUGCCUAUUUAUUUUUUUCCCUCCAUACGGUGUUCAUUAUGACCAAUUAGGAGGAUAUAGGCGACCAAAAUGACUCUCCAUGCAGAUUUUCCAUUACAAGUUGUUUAUUAUUAUUCUGAGUGUCUUCUACUCAACACACAAUGUGUUCCUAAACACUACACACUUGAAUGUCCAUGUAUUUCAGUUCAUUUUCAACUACCUUCAUGUAUAUUAUGUUACAUUUUGCCACUGUUACUGACUGACCAAUUGAGCAGCAUGGCGUGCACCUGAUAAAUGUCGUCUUUGCACUCCUUGCAUGUUUUGAAGCAGUACUUUGGGUGGUUCAACACUAGCACCAGUGGGCCUGUUUGUUUUGUAUACAGCCAGUUUGUAUUUUUUAAAUGUUCCUUUUCUGUGUUAUACUCUUGGGGAAAAAAACCCCCACCAAUGUGUUGUUCUGCUUCAGAGGAAAAAAAUGCCUGCCGACAUCAACUGAGAUGAAGAAGAUAAUUAAAUUAAAAAACAAAAAGUACCUGUUUGA